AUGGACCCAAACUCAAUUCCCGGCGGGAUUUACUCCGCCGUCCAGUCCGGCGGCAUGUUGGGCCUUGAAAUGUCGAUCCACCAGCCACCACCGCCGCCGAGGCAAAACCCCCCAACGUCUCAUCUCCUCCCCAACACACACCACCACCAGAUCCUCAACUACGCCCAGCCCGACGAGAGCUACCUCCCGCCGGCCCACCAGCCCACCAAGCAGGCCCACCAAUUCCCCUCCAAGCCCAAAGCCCAGACCCUCACCCUCAGCGACGACGAAGACCCGGCGUUCACGGCCGAGACUACCAGCGCCGACGACGGCCGGAAGAAAGUAGCCUCCCCGUGGCAGCGGAUGAAGUGGACCGACAACAUGGUCCGCCUCCUCAUCAUGAUCGUUUUCUACAUCGGCGACGAGGUCGUCUCGGAAGCCGCGGCGGCCGCAGCCGCCAACACCAACACCGCAGCAGUCGCCGCCGAUAAGAAAAAGGGGGCCUUGCAGAAAAAGGGUAAAUGGAAGUCGGUCUCACGCGCCAUGAUGGAGCGUGGCUUCUACGUGUCCCCCCAGCAGUGCGAGGACAAGUUCAACGACCUCAACAAGCGGUACAAGCGCGUCAACGACAUCCUCGGAAAAGGGGUCUCUUGCCGGGUCGUCGAAAACCAGAGCCUGCUCGACUCGAUGGACCACGUGUCCCCCAAGAUGAAGGACGAGGUCCGAAAACUCCUCAAUUCAAAGCAUCUCUUCUUCCGGGAGAUGUGCGCCUACCACAACAGCUGCGCCGGAGCGGGAGGCGGUGGCCCUGCAGCCGAGCCGCCGCCGCCGCCUCCUCCGGCGACUGCCGCUCAGCCCCAGAAGUGUCUGCACUCGACAAGUGGCGGCGAGAACAUCAACAACAAUAAUAGCGUUGGCUUAGUUGUGCCUAAUUUGAAUAGAGCAGAGAAUGAAGGGACUAAAUUAUCCACUAGCAGUGAGGACGACGAUGAUGACGUGGACGACGAUGACGUGGACGAUGAUGGUGACGAGGACGAUGAUGAAAAUUUGUCGGAUAACAGGAGGCGGUCGUCGAGGAAGAUGCCGAGGAGGGAGAACGGGUGGACCCGCCAGUUGGACUCUGAGCUGGCGAGCGUGCUGGAGGACGGUGGCAAGAGCCGGGCGGAGAAGAGGCAGGUUUUGAAAGCGAGGAUGGCUCGGCUGGAGGAGGAGAGAGUGGGGAUACAGACGAGGGCGUUUGAGAUCGAGAAGCGGCGGCUCAAGUGGCUGAGAUACAGUGGGAAUAAGGAGAGGGAGAUGGAGAAAGAGAGGCUGACGAACGAGCGGCUGAGGCUGGAGAACGAGCGGAUGUUGCUGGUGAUCAGGCAGAAGGAGCUCGACUUGCUCGAACAGCAUUCGCAUUUGCAGCAGCAGUAUUCGUCUACUAAUAGGAAGAGCGACCCGUCUUCGGUUACUGGAUAA